UCAUAUUGGGUGGAAUGUUGACUUGACAAAGUCUAUCCCAAAACAUCUCCUACCACUCACUCACUCACUCCUUAAUACAUCUUCAUUUCUCAACCAAAAACAAACAAGCUUUUUCUCGCGUUUACAUUCUUUUGAGUUAGAAAUUUGAAAGAUGACUGAGGCUGUGCUUGAACUUGUGCUUCACAAUUUGAACUCACUCGUUCAGAAGGAGAUUGGCUUAUUUCUUGGUUUUGAUCAAGACUUUAAUAGUCUUUCCAGCUUGCUGACAACAAUCAAGGCUACUCUUGAAGAUGCUGAGGAGAAACAAUUCACUGACAGAGCAAUCAAGGAUUGGCUGCUUAAGCUCAAAGAUGCUGCUUACGUCCUCGACGACAUCUUGGACGAGUGUGCCACUCAAGUGCUGGAGAUGGAGUCUAAAGGACUGUCGCACAAGGUACAAAGCUCUUUAUUAUUCUCUUUUCAUCCAAAGCAUGUUGCUUUCCGUUACAAAAUUGCUAAGAAAAUGAAGAACAUAAGAGAGAGAUUAGAUGAAAUUGCUGAAGAAAGGACCAAAUUUCAUUUGACUGAGAUUGUUAGAGAGAAGAAAAGCGGAGUCCUUGACUGGCGCCAAACAACUUCAAUCAUUACUCAACCUCAAGUCUAUGGAAGAGAUGAAGAUAAGGAUAGAAUUAUAGACUUUUUGGUCGGUGAUGCUUCAAGUGUCGAGGAUUUAACUGUUUAUCCAAUAGUUGGUCUUGGUGGACUUGGAAAAACAACACUUGCCCAAGUUAUAUUCAAUCAUGACAACGUAGUCAGUCAUUUUGAGCUGAGAAUCUGGGUAUGUGUUUCUGAAGAUUUUAGUUUGAAGAGAAUGACAAAAGCCAUCAUUGAAUCAGCAACUGGCCAUGCUUGUGCAGAACUAGAUCUAGAGCCAUUACAAAGAAAACUUCUAGAUUUUCUAAAAGGAAAAAGGUAUUUGCUAGUGCUGGAUGAUGUAUGGGAUGAUGAGCAAGAGAAUUGGCAGAGGUUGAAAUCUGUAUUGGCAUGUGGGGGAAAAGGCACAUCAAUUUUGGUCACCACUCGUCUUGUAAAGGUUGCAGCAAUCAUGGGAACAAUACCCCCUCAUGAUUUAUCUACGCUAUCAGACACCGAUUGUUGGCAAUUAUUGAAACAAAGAGCCUUUGGACCAAAUGAGGAAGAGAGUGACGAACUUGUGGUCAUAGGAAAGGAGAUAGUAAAGAAGUGUGGGGGAGUGCCUCUUGCGGCAAUGGCAUUAGGAAGUUUCUUGCGUUUCAAAAGAGAGAAAAUAGAGUGGCUCAAUGUCAAGGAAAGCAAGCUAUGGAAUUUACAAGGUGAAGAUCAUGUCAUGUCUGCCUUAAGAUUAAGCUACUUGAAUUUGCCAGUAAAAUUGAGACCUUGUUUUGCCUUGUGCGCACUGUUUCCCAAAGAUGAAAUAAUAAACAAGAAGUUUUUGAUUGAUCUUUGGAUGGCUAAUGGGUUCAUUUCAUCCAAUGCAAUGCUGGAAGCAGAAGAUAUCGGGAAUGAGGUGUGGAAUGAGUUAUAUUGGAGAUCAUUUUUUCAAGAUAUACAGAAAGAUGAUGUUGGUGAAAUUAAAAAUUUUAAAAUGCACGACCUUGUUCAUGAUCUUGCUCAAUCUAUUGCAGAAGACGUUAGUUGUUGCGUUACGGAAACAAGCCUAUCUAAAAGAAUCCACCACCUCUCGAUUUAUAGUUGGAAAUCAUUGGGGUUAGUCAGUUCAAUACAGUUGCAUGGAAUCGAAGCAUUGAGGACCUUUUUAAUGCGUCAAUACAAUUGUUCACCACCUCAAGUACUAAAAGGUUAUUCUUUACGAGUACUUGACCUCCAACAAAUGAAAGAGUUGCCGUCUUCGAUUUGUCGUUUAAAACAUCUAAGAUACUUAAAUCUUUCUUAUGGAGAAUUCAAAACUCUUCCAGAAUCCUUAUGCAAGUUACGGAAUUUGCAGAUUUUAAAGUUAGAUUCUUGUCAAAGCCUCCAAAGGCUGCCGUAUGGGUUGGUACAGCUGAAAGCUCUACAACAUCUAUCUUUGAAGUACUGUAACUCACUAACAAGCUUGCCUCCACAUUUAAGGAAAUUGGCUUCCCUAAAAACUUUAAGCAGGUAUGUUGUUGGCAAGAAAAAAGGGUUUCUGUUGGCAGAACUAGGACAAAUGAACCUUGAAGGAUACCUUUUCAUUAAACACUUGGAGAGAGUUAAAAGUGUGAUGAAUGCCCAAGAAGCUAAUAUGUUGAGAAAGCGCCUGAACAGAUUGCAAUUGUCAUGGGAGAUAAAUGAAGAGUCCCAAUUACAAAAAAAUGUUGAGGAGAUUCUUGAAGUGCUUCAACCUCAAACACGGCAACUUGAGUUUCUGACAGUGGUAGGAUAUACAGGUGCCUAUUUUCCACAAUGGAUGUCUAGUUCUUCUCUAAAUUUUUUAACUAGGUUAGUUCUCAUUGAUUGCAAAAGAUGUUUACACCUUCCACACUUGGGGAAACUUUCUUCUCUACAGAAUUUAGUAGUAUGUAACAUGAGUCAUGUAAAAUACCUAUAUGAAGAAUCAUGGAAUGGUGGAGUUGCAAGAGGUUUCACAAAACUAGAAUAUUUGAGACUAGAGGAGUUACCAAACCUGGUGAGGUUAUCAAGGGAGGAGGAUAUAGAUAACAUGUUUCCGUGCCUUUCAAUAUUUGAAAUUGUCAACUGUCCUAUACUGUUGGAAUUACCUUGCCUUCCAUCUCUCAGUGAUUUGUAUGUAGGAGGGAAAUGCAGCCAACAUUUACUAAGUUCAAUUCAUAAACAUCAUACUCUUGAAAUCCUUCGGUUCAGCAAUAAUGAAGAGCUAAGUUUCUUUCCAGAUGGGAUGCUAAGAGACCUCACUUGUCUAAAGAAUCUUGAUAUCUAUGACCUUUCCAAACUGGAGCAGCUCCCAGAUGAAGUAUUACAUGGGUCUGCACUUCAAUAUCUAUCAUUGAGUAAUCUUCCAAACCUAGCAUCCAUACCUGACUGGAUAGGAAACCUAGGCUUGCUUCACAAAUUGGAGGUUUCUAAUUGUCUAAAGCUGACAUGUCUUCCCAUGAGCAUUCAACGCCUUACUAGUCUGAAAACUUUGGAAAUUCAUGGCUGCAGUGACUUAGGGAAACGAUGUAAAGAGAACACUGGUGAGGAUUGGCAUAAAAUAGCUCACAUCCAAUUCAUUCAUGUUGAAUAAGAGAUUUAGUUUUUUUUUUUAUAUAAAACAAUUUGUUAGUUUUUAAAUUUUGAAAAUAAUCAAUUUUAUUUUAUUACUUAAAUAGCAUAUUAGAUUGAGAUUUUAAAAUACUUUUUGUUGAUAACAGAGAUGUGAUAUUCAAUCACAAUUUUUAUAAAACUCAAAUAAAUGUUAUGGUAGUUAUAAUUGUUUCCAGUUGACCAAAAUAGUAUACAUUGCUUAAGAAUCAUUUCUAAUGACGGUUCUCACAUAACAACAGACAUUACACCAUAAACUUGAGUUCAAUUGGAAUAUGUUAGAUUUAGUGUUUGGGAUUUGGUGCAAAACAUGAUCAAGACAAAGGUAAAAAUUGUGAUAAAAAAUUUUCAUUAAAUAAAAUUAAUCAUUAUCAUUGCUUAAAUAAAUAUUUUAAAAAUCUCUCCAACAGAACAUGUCCAUUAACCUCGCCCCUUAACCUCGACUAGAAGAUAACUAUUCUAUCUAUCAAAAAUAAGUUUCACAUUACUUAAAAAUUGAGGCCGAUGAUUAAAACAAUAAUAAAUCUAUUAAUUUUAAUGAAUUCUUCUAUGAAAUGAAUUUUAAAUAAAAGA